UUCAUAAGCACACAUCAGAUGAGAAGAUAAUCUGACCCAAGAGAAACUUGUGAUUUUUGGAUAAAAGAAAUGAGACCUAUAAGUCUUCAAACAUCAAGAGAAUUUCUGAAAGGAGAAGAAAAUUGGCAAUGACUAUUCACCAUCUGGCUUUAGUGUUGUUCACUAUAUCAGCAUAAGCACCUUUCUGUGCUUUCAGCUGAAUAAUUGCUGCUUGCUGGAAGUAUAAUUUUACACUCCUUCAAGACUGACAGCCAAAUGACUGGUUACUUCUGAAGACAUGCAGAGUAAAAUGGAUGAAGGCAAUCACACUGUGGUGUCAGAAUUUAUUCUCUGGGGACUUGCCAGUUCACAGAGGACUGAGGUCUUACUCUUUGUGUUAUUUCUAAUGCUUUACCUUCUCAUUGUUUCUGGAAAUAUUGUCAUUCUAGUUUUAAUCACCAUUGAUCCGCAUCUUCAUUCUCCCAUGUACUUCUUGCUGGCUAACCUGUCCUUUAUUGAUAUGUGGCUUUCCUCAGUCACCACUCCUAAGAUGAUCACAGACUUUCUCAGGGAAAACAAGACCAUUUCCUUUGCAGGAUGCAUGUCGCAGGUCUUCUUUGCCCAUUGCAUUGCUGCAGGAGAGAUGGUGCUUUUGGUAGUAAUGGCUUAUGAUCGCUAUGUGGCCAUCUGCAAACCACUCCACUACUUCACCAUUAUGAACCUGAAGAGAUGCACCGGGUUGGUGUUCACUUCCUGGACAACUGGGUUUGUACAUGCUAUGAGUCACUUGAUAGUGAUUGUGGAGUUGCCUUUUUGUGGACCCAAGGAAAUAGACAGCUUUUUCUGUGACAUGCCAUUGGUAAUAAAACUAGCUUGCAUGGAUUCCCGUGACUUGGAUGUUCUAAUGAAUACUGACUGUGGACUUGUGGCUGUAACUUGCUUUAUUCUGUUGCUUAUUUCCUACACAUAUAUUCUUAUCACUGUAUGUCAGAGCUCUAAAGCUGGUGCAUCUAAGGCAAUGAACACAUGCACUGCCCACAUCACAGUGGUGCUAAUCUUUUUUGUGCCCUGCAUUUUCAUCUAUGUGUGGCCUCUUAAUAUCACCUGGUUGGAUAAAUUUCUUGCUGUAUUUUAUUCUGUUUUUACACCUCUCCUAAAUCCAACCAUUUAUACUCUGAGAAAUAAAGAGAUGAAAAAUGCCAUGAAAAGAUUUAUAAGCAAUUACCUUGGUCACAAAGGAAAUUUCUAA